GUUCUCUUUGUUACGCCUUCGCCUCGCUUUUGGCGAAUCCCUCACUAAAGCAAGCGUAUCUCGGCAAACGUGAACGAGAUCACCUAAUCAAAAAUAACAAGGCACGAGUCACACGUGUGGCGUUUUCAGAAAGCUGAAAAUCGACGCGAACGUAAGUCCUGACGCACUACAAGAACCAGUGUAGCUCCGCACGCUAAGUCAGGCAGCGUAAACACAACUCCAGGAACAUGAAAAGAUCGGGUGACAGUGAGGGGGAGAAGAGAAGAAAGAAGAGGAGGUUAUUACAGGAGUUGGGAGACCAAAAGAUCCCCUUCAAAGGACCUUCCAAUCAGGGCUUUCAGCAACUGUGGGAUUCCAGUUACUCCGGUCUGGUUCUGAGGAGAGCCUGCUCGUUGCCUGCUGAGCUCCACUGCAGAGUCCAGGCCGCUCUGCUAACCUUGCGCAAAAAGGGCUGCCUCUUGAGGGAUCUGGUCCGUGUCCGAGACCGGGACGUCUUCACGUCCGUGUCGCGGGCUCUGCUGGGCGAGCCGGGCCAUACUUACCGCUACCUGGACACUAGGCUCUUUGCCAUCCCCUGGCACAGCGAGGACACGGAAUUUAAAGGGCAAAACUGUUGCGACCCUGGUCUGAGGGCAGCCUGCAAAGCCUUGUGGGAGCUCAACAGCUUCUUCUGCUUGGACGUGUCUCAGUUGAAAGAAGGAGACAGACUAGCACAAUGUGCAAAGGUGGUUCAGGAGACGGAGACCAAGGCAAGCGAUGAGGCCGAUGUGGAGUCCAAACACAGCGAGGACUCCAGGAACAGUGAAGUAGGAGACUCGGAGUCCAGGCAGAGCGAGGAGGGGGAUACAGAGUCCAAGCACAGCGAGGAGUGGGACGUGGAGUCCAAACACAGCGACGAAGGCUGUCCGGCAUCAAAAAGGGAAGGCGAGUGGGAGACGGCUUCCAAACACAGCAGCGAGGAGGGAGAAUCCUCACAUGGAAAGGCGAUCGAUUCCGGGUUGGAGCCCAGUGAAGGAAAAUAUCCCACAUUGGCAGUCAAGACCGCCGAUCUCCCGCCAAUAGGCAGCCGAGGGGAGCUUCAUGUGGCUCAUCUCAAGCACAGCCGGUCCGAUUACCACAUUGAGGCUAAGGGGGAACCUGAGAGUUGCUCUGAGCACAGUCCGCCGCGGGGAUUCACGAGAUCAGCUAAGUUCAAUGUCACCUUACUCAACUACAUGGACCCGGCGGCCACGAGCCACCUCAAAGAGGAACCCUAUUACGGCAUGGGGAAAAUGGCCGUAGGGUGGCACCACGACGAGAACCUGAUCAGUCACUCGCCAGUGGCCGUUUACAGCUACAGCUGCCACGACAACAAAGGCGAGAGCGGCGAGGGCAGUAGCGAGAAGGCGAGCUGGAGAAUCGGGUUGAAGGUGGCCUGGGACAUCCACACACCUGGCCUGAUGCUGCCUCUCCAGUCUGGAGACUGCUACUAUAUGAGAGAUAACCUGAACAGCACCCACCAGCACUGCAUCCUUGCCGGUGACGCCGCUCGCUUCAGCUCCACCCACAGAGUGGCUGAGUGUUCCACUGGAACUCUGACCUACAUCCAGUCACGAUGCCAAGAGGCCCUGUGCAACCUGCACGCGGAUCCGGAGACCGGCUCCCACAGCCUGACGACCCUGAGGCCGGCCACCAUGCAACACUGCGAGGAGAUCCACAAUGAGGUGGAGUUCGAAUGGCUGCGACAGUACUGGUUUCAGGGCCAGCGCUACACACGCUUCUGCAGCUGGUGGAGCAAACCCAUGGAGGAGCUGGAGAAGGACUGGAAGCUCAUGGAGACCAUGACUAUGCUGUUCUUGGCUAAAGUGGAGGAAGACGAUGAGGAGGAGGAGGAGGGACAAGUGGACGAGAGCAGGAGGGACAUGGCAGAGACGCUCCUGUCUGCAUUGAUCGACAGACACCAGCAGAGGCAAACAUGGAGAGACAGAUGCCACUCCAGCCUGGCUCAGACGUUGCCCCCCGAGGAGGCCCCGGUGGACCGUCCCUUCUGGGGCGUGGAUGACCCUGGCAUGCCGCUGCCCUUUGAUCUGGCUGACAUCAUCAACAGAGUGGAGUCGCUGCUGUGGAGAAUGUGAAGGAUCCAUCAAGGCCUCAUGAAGGACGUGCAAGCCAAUGGGCAAAAAUCAGAGCACCAACUUACCCUAACGACUCCGAUGUCAGCUGAGGGGGGAGGAACCACCACCGACGACAAACCCGUCGCGAUCCCGACCCGAGAGGAAUUUUUCAUUGCUUCAUCUCCAUGUCCCCCGCAUCCCAAACCCCCGGUCCCUUCAAUAUAAACGCAUCAUAGCGCUUUACUGACAAGCUAGUAACGCAAGCUUAACAUCAAGCUACUAGUGUAACCACACGUACAUUACGUAGCAUCUGCAUUUCAGUGUGUGACUAUUUACAUGUCAUCGUAUCACCUAAUAUCAUGUAACCCAGCUUUGUUUAGAGAGAGCGUUGUCAGUAUUCACAGUAAUUCACAAAAUGGUUCUCAAUUGAGUCCAUUUUGUUCCCGGACUGACCAAAGAAGGAAUCCAGUGACUCUGCAAGUAUGUCCAUUUUCAAGGAAAGCCGAAUAUUGAAUUUGAAUUGCAGCUGACCUAGGAAAGCGGAGUUCCCUGAAGGCAAAGACAAAUCAUCUCGUGUCCUAGUUGACGCUCGACUGAAGUCACACAUUGCAUCUUUUCAGAUCUUUUUUUUUGCAGCUCAAAGCAAGAACUUGUAAUGUUCAUGCCGUCUGACCGACACAGCCGAGGAAGCUGAAAGGGCGAUUGAAUGCACGGGUUCGAGUCAGCACCCUACCAGCUGUGACUUUCAACCCAAACUUUUGAGUUUUAGCGUUCUUUAUUAAAGCAGGACUCAUAUUGAGGUUUAAUUCCCAGACUGACCAAGAGGAAGUUUCGACUUUGACAAAAGAGGGCAAUGGCGCAGUGGGACCAUUUUCAAACGAGACCCUGCAAGAGGAUUUGAUGCUAACUGAUUCAAGAAAAGCCCAGUCAGCCUCUGGUAAUGUUCGAGUGCAAGUAAGAAUUUGCCUCUCCGAAACUAUGACAUGUAAUAGCAUCCGAACCUUUUCAAGCAAAAUAAAUGCGAGCAUUCAGUCGGCCCUUGAAUGAGUAUAUAGUAUAUUUCAGCAUUUUCUUCUAUUACUGUCAGAUUAAGAAUCAUGCUGGUUUUUAAUUCCCAGACUGACCAAAGAAAGAA